AGUCGUCUUAUUACUUUGGAAGGAAUUGUUUCAAAGUGCUGCCUUAAUCAAUUAGCUUUCUUAUCUGAUAAUCUUAAAAGUAUUAUCAGAAUUGAUUUCAUAUCUGUACUCCCUCAAGAAAUCGCAUUUCACAUUUUAUCCUAUCUAGAUGCAAUUUCAUUAUGUCAUGCUGCACAAGUGAGUAAGCAUUGGAAUCGACUCUCCGACGAUGAUGUUGUAUGGCAUAAAUUAUGUGAACAACAUAUUGAUAAAAAAUGUACCAAAUGUGGUUGGGGUCUUCCAUCUUUAUGGAAUCAAAAAAAAAGACCAGUGAUAAUGAUGAUGACAAUUUCACUAAAAUUUACUAACGAAACUAAAGAA